UGGUGAUAUCUAUGCAUACUCAUAAUCAUAAAUUUAAGUUUUCAUUGCUGGGAUAGUUGACCUUGCAGGGUGACUAUAAUGGCAGGUGGAGGAACGGUGAGCGACAAGGGCGGAGCUAGGGCGGAGCUCUAUGAGCAUAGGAUCACCUCCUAUUUUAUUUUUGCUUGUGUCGUUGCCGCACUUGGUGGAUCUUUGUUUGGGUAUGAUCUCGGUAUCUCCGGUGGUGUAACAUCCAUGGACUAUUUCUUGAAGGAAUUCUUCCCUGAAGUUUACAAAAGAAAACAAGAACAUCUAACAGAAACUGAUUACUGCAAAUAUGACAGCCAAAUCCUCACCCUUUUCACUUCAUCACUUUAUUUUGCUGCCCUCAUUUCCACCUUUUUAGCAUCUCAUGUCACUAGAAAUAGUGGUCGGAGAACCAGUAUUCUUUGGGGCGCCAUCAGUUUCUUCGUCGGAUCCGUCAUCAACGCUGGAGCUCAAAACAUCGCCAUGCUCAUCAUUGGCCGCUGUUUUCUCGGUGUAGGAAUCGGAUUCGGAAACCAAGCGGUUCCUCUUUAUCUGUCGGAAAUGGCACCAGCGAAGAUCAGAGGUUCAGUAAACCAACUGUUUCAGUUGACAACAUGUUUAGGUGUAUUUAUAGCCAAUUUUAUAAACAAUGCAACUGAGAAACACACAUGGGGAUGGAGAUUAUCACUUGGGUUAGCCACAGUUCCCGCAACAUUAAUGUUUAUCGGCGGACUUUUCCUACCCGAAACACCAAACAGUUUAGUUGAACAAGGAAGAUUAGAUGAAGGAAGAACAGUUCUUGAAAAAGUUAGAGGUACAAAGAACAUAGAAGCCGAGUUUCAAGAUCUUAUUGAAGCAAGCGAGGCUGCGAAAGCCAUAAAACAUCCGUUUAGAAACCUUUUAAAGAGGAAGAACCGGCCUCAGUUGAUCAUUGGAGCUUUGGGUAUACCUGCGUUUCAACAACUUACAGGCAAUAAUUCGAUUUUGUUCUAUGCACCGGUGAUCUUUCAGAGCUUGGGGUUUGGCUCUAGUGCAUCGUUAUGGUCUGCGACAAUUACUGGUGCCAUUCCUAUUGUUGCUACAUUUAUUUCAAUGGCGUUUGUUGAUAAAUUUGGUAGAAGAGCCUUUUUCUUAGAAGCUGGUGCUGAAAUGAUCAUCUGCAUGGUGGCUGUGGCAAUAACCCUAGCUCUCAAAUUUGGACAAGGUGUUGAGCUACCAAAAGGAAUUGGGAUUUUUCUUGUGAUUAUGAUUUGCAUUUUCGUUUUAGCGUAUGGCCGAUCAUGGGGUCCGUUGGGUUGGCUAGUUCCAAGUGAAUUGUUUCCGUUAGAAACAAGAUCGGCGGGGCAAAGUAUUGUGGUUUGUGUCAACAUGUUCUUUACGGCUUUGGUCGCACAAUGUUUCCUCGUGUCACUAUGUUAUCUUAGAUAUGGCAUUUUCUUGUUGUUUGCCGCGUUGAUUGGGAUCAUGACUUGCUUCAUCUUCUUCUUGUUACCGGAAACCAAACAAGUUCCUAUUGAAGAGAUACAUUUGCUAUUUCGAAAACAUUGGUUAUGGAAAUCGUAUUGUGCACCUGAAGAUCAGCUAAAUGAUGGACUCCUUUGAAUAAAGGAGUUGAAAUGUAUUGAUACUAUCUUAAUGUAUGUAUGGAAUGUUAAAUUUAUUUGUUGUUGUGGUUG